AUGCCCGCCCCUGCCCCGCUGCCCGCCCACGCCGUCUCCCUCGUCCUCCAGUACAUCGCCCCGCCGUCCGGCAUCGCCCAGCCCCUGCCCCCGCACCUCCUCUCCAGGCCCCUCCUCCAGCGCCACCACUUUCUCGCCAUCUCCCCCGACGAUCCAAAGGAGUAUCUCAGCUGGCCCUCCUCCGCGCCCGACGUCCGUGCCCGCGCACUUGCCCUACUCGAGGACCUGCCCAGCGUAGAUCCCGAAGACGCCCUCUACCCCGUGCAGUACACCUCCGACGCCGAGAGCACCUAUGCGCACGUCCAUAUCCCUUCACUCCUCCCCUCCAGCGGAGAUGACGACCUGCGGCUCGUGUUCCACUGGGGCGGCGACGAGUGGAAGUACCACGACGCCGCUCUAAUGCCGUUUCCACCCAAUAGCAGCCCGGACCUCGAGUCGCCCGUCGCAGCGUCGCUUCCGGUCCCGCAGUACCUCCCCUCCGACGAGAACGUGCGCGGUGGCGCCGACGCCACGCCAGGUCAAGAAAGUGACGACGACGACGAUUAUUGGAACUCAUACGGCGGUGGGGACGAUGACGGCGACGAAGAGAGGGACACUCACCAUAGCCGCAAUGCUGCCCCCGCGAGCGACCCAGAUCAGUCUGAGGAGGACGCAGCUGAAGCCGCUUAUUGGGCCCAAUACUCGUCCGUGCAUGGCACAGCAGAUUCCACCAUCCCUUCACCCCUCCCCGAACAACGACGACAAAUGGCCCACCCGAACCCGUACGCCGCUGGCGGCCAGGAAUCUCAGAUCGUAGAGUUCCCCCCUCGGGACAUCCCCUCGCCGCACCACCUAUCCAACUUGCUUCGGCACGCCUCACCCCGUCAAUCGUUCAGCGAGCCAUAUUCCAUACCCGGCUCCCCGCCUCCCGAAAGUAACGGUGUCGCUCGCGAAGACGGCGACGAGGGCACAUCCGACGGGGGCUCCGAGGACACAAAGGUCCUGAGUCCGAAGCCGCAGGCAUUGGAGGAGCGGGCGACCUUUGACUCCAAGACCGGGGUUGAAGAUGCCGUAGACGCUGCGUUGAAAGCGAGCAUCACGGGCAUGUAUCAGCUAUGGCGAAGCAGCAAGCCGGGGAGUGCGUACGUGGAGCAAGAGAGGAAGGAAGAUUUCAUGCGGGUUAUACGAGAGGUGGUGAUGGGUCUCCCUUGA